UGCAGAGCUGUGCCAUUUGAAUUCAAGCACACACACACACACACAGCCACGCACUGUGCUCUCCAUUUCUGGCUUGCCUCCCAGCACAGAGAGUUGAGCUAGAGCUCGGGUUCACUUUUUUCUUCUCACUCUCCUCCCAGCAGCGACAGCUUCUCCAGGCUCUGCUAGUCGGGACUCCCAAGCAAGCAUGACGGACACCCCUUUGCAAAUCAUUGAGCAGCCUGCUCCUUCCGAGACCUCUGAGGAGCAAGCGGCCGAGGAGCCGAUUAAAUCAGAUCAGAUCAAUGGCGUGAUGGUGCUCACCCUUCUGGACAAGAUCAUCGGGGCGGUGGAUCAGAUCCAGCUGACCCAGACGCAGCUGGAGGAGAGGCAACAAGAGAUGGAUAGUGCAGUGGCCAGCAUCCAGGGGGAACUGACCAAGCUCACUAAAGCACACACCACCACCAGCAACACCGUGAACAAGAUGCUGGAGAAAGUACGCAAGGUGAGCGUCAACGUGAAAACCGUCCGGCAGAACCUGGAGAAGCAGGCCGGACAGAUCAAGAAGCUGGAGGUCAACGAGGCGGAGCUGUUGAAGCGAAGGAACUUCAAAGUCAUGAUCUACCAGGAUGAAGUGAAGCUCCCGGCCAAGCUGAGCAUCAGCAAGUCUUUGAAGGAGACAGAGAAGGAAGAGAAGGAAGAGGAGGGGGCAGAGGUGCCCGCGGAUGAGGACCAUGCGGACGAGGACCGCAUCCAGCUCUCCUCAGAUGAGGAGGUGGAGGUUGAAGAGAUCAUCGAGGAGUCCCGGGCAGAGCGGAUUAAGAGAAGUGGCAUGAAGAGGGUGGAUGACUUCAAGAAGGCUUUCUCCAAGGAGAAGAUGGAGAAGACCAAGCUAAAGACCAAGGAGAAUUUGGAGAAGACCAAACACAACUUGGAGAAGACUCGGCACAACCUGGAGAAGAGGAUGAACAAGCUGGGCACCAAGAUCGUAACCACUGAGAGGAGGGAGAAGAUGAAAACCUCUCGGGACAAGCUGAAGAAAUCCUUCACUCCCGACCACCCCGUCUACGCCAGGUCCAAGACAGCAGUCUACAAGGUGCCACCCUUCACCUUCUACGUCAAGAAGAUCAGAGAGGGCGAGGUGGAGGUGAAAGCCACGGAGAUGGUGGAGGUGGGAGGAGAAGAGGCCGAGAACACGGAGCUGCUGAGAGAGGAGAGCCCUGAGAUGCACACGCUGCUGGAGAUCACGGAGGAGUCAGAUGCAGUGCUGGUGGACAAGAGCGACAGUGAGUAGGACGGGCAGUGGCACACGAUGGACGGCUGAACAUGUAACUUUUCACACUGCAAGAUCUCUCUUUGCCCCACGCGUCCCGGGUAAUGUGUACCCGAUGUAUCAUUAUUCCUCUGGACGUCCAAGCCGAUCCCCCGCCGUCCCGGACGAGGUGUCGUUUAUAUUUUAGUUUUAGCACACAGAGGAGUUAGGAAUACAGAAUGGUUUUUCAUUGUGGAGACCAUUCCUGCUAGUGGCGCUGUGAGAGCUUGCUAGCCACCAGGGACCCAGCUGGGACCGUGCUAAAACCAAGAUAACUUCUGUACACCUGGGAAGAUCCCUCUUUGCGCUCUCUGAGACCUGAUGUUUAGAACGCUUUCUGCCUGGCAAACUGUCCAGCGCUGGAGAUCCCCCAGUCCAUUUGUCAGCCCGAGCAGCCAUCCGCACAGGCAGAUGGAAGGGAAUGCAGGAGCCCAGCUGGCUAGUAGCAGCAGAGAGACAUUUCCCACCCCUGCCCGUACGCCAGCUCCUGGGGCCAUGUGGUCUGGAAGAUCUCCAGUGGAAGGUGGAUCUCUGACAUGUCUUAGCAUGUGGUGAGGGAAGGGUUAAGCCAAUCCCACUGGUGGGCAGAGCACAUGUGAGGAUGGGCAAUGCCAUGUCAGACUGGGAGGGGCUCCCUGACACUUCCUGACCCCAGAGGGCUGAAACAGCUAACGGGCCAGUUCUGGGGAAGCCAGCAUUGUGCACCUCUUGGCUACCAUGGGCACCACAUUACCUGGGUGGCAGCGAGAUCCCCUGGCAAUGCGGGUAUCCUACACACACACACAGGACCCUGCCACUGCUGCCAGUUACACCAUGGCCACUCCAGGCCUUCCUGGGACUGCCCCAGAGUCAUGGAGAGCUCAUGUGCCGCACGCUCGUGUGUGUGUCUGCAGUGCCUGGAGCGGUAACCGUCUGCCUGCUGGAGCCCAGAACCACUUUGCUCCAGCGGGCUCAUGGUCACCUGCAGGGAGCUGCGUGGAGUCAGGUGUCCCACCCCGUCACCAGAGAGCGAGCCCCGUACCAUGUGGCAUCAGCAGGCCAGGAGGUGCACGCUCGCUGGCCGGGGGACGGUGCAGGCUGGGAAUAGGGCCCAGCAGGUUGUGAGGUGCACGCUCACAGGGGUGCAUGCAGGGGUGCUGGAGAGCCCAGCAGACCGGGAGGUGCAUGCUCACGGGGGUGCAGGCUGGGGGCACUGGAGGGCCCAGCAGGCCAGGAGGUGCACGCUCACUGGCUGGGAGAGGGUGCAGGUGGGGGGUGCUGUAGGGCCCAGCAGGCCAGGAGGUGCACGCUCGCUGGCCGGAGGAGGGUGCAGGGUGCUGGAAGGCCGCUGUGACUCAUUUCCAGGAGGGCUAGAGGAUGUACUGAUGCCACAGAAAGGGGACAGAGCGAGGACGGCGCCUGGCCAGCCAGACAGCAGUCCUGACACGGGUCUGUGGGCCCGAUCUUGAACAGCUGAGUCUCUCCAGAGAGUCCCGGCACGGCGCAGGCUAGGGCCCUGCACAUCCCCCCAGGCUCCCCGCUUGCUGCCAUUCUCGCUUUCCUAGCUGGUGUCAGAUGCCCGGCACAGUUCUAGGAUGGGGCACUGCUGCUUGAGCGCCAGCUUUCCUAUCCGCAUGCACGGCCGCUGCUUAGCAGGCUCCCAGCAGGACGGAGCAAGGACCGCAUGUGCUGGGACACAGAGUGUCUACCUCCUGGCCAGCUGAGGUCAGCUUUGGGGCUGGCAAUUCCCAACCCCAACCCCUUUGCAGCCCCCAGCUGGCAGGGGACACGGGGAGGUUUGGCUUGUGUUCAUCCUUCCCUUAGUUCCUACUCGCUGGGCACAGCCCAGCCCCUGGCACCUGCGGCCGCCGUCCUGACUGCCAUGUGACACACGGGAGAAUGGAGGUUUGUUGUUAAUGUAGCCACAAUAUAUAAACAUGCUUCUUUGUUAAGAGCAUUUUCUUUCUUAUUGCCCGUCCCACUCCCACCCCCAGGGUCCUUCCCCUGCAGCAGAGCUCCCGGCCUGCCCAGGCCAAAGUGGGCACGGCCCCAGCGCCUGGGCUCUGUGCCAAGCUCCCUGGUGGGUUCUCUCUAAGCAGCGAGGAGACGUCACCGGACCCCUGUGCUGCCCCCAGGGAUAGGCAGGAAGAGAUGGGGUUGGAUGGCCUUUUGCCAUGCUCUGCCCUUCCCUGCCAACCCCACGAUGGCACCACCACCGUGGGGGGAUGCCAGGCCCCAGGCAGUGGCGGUCCCUGGGGGGCAGGGGAGUCUUGCUUGCCUUCGGUUGGGAUCUGUGCUCACUGUUCGCCCCGGGCACCCCGCACAGCAGGCGGAGAAACCAGAUGUUCUGCAGCUCCCCAGCCCUGGGCAGGCCGAGCCCUCACUCCUCCCCCUAGGGCCAUUCCCUCAGCAUGUGCGUGGGGACCUAGUGCCUGGCUGCGCCCCGCACUCCCCUGCGCCCCCCGUGCAGCCCAUCCCGUGGCAGGGGAGGUGCUGGCUGGCGGAGGAGUGGGCAGGGCAGGGGGCUGAUCACAUUCUGUCUGUUUCCAGGGGCCCGUCUAUUGUUUUUUACAGAUCUAUUUUUCUUACACAGAAGCAGUAGCUCAGAGUAAGCGACUCCCAGGGCAUGGGCGGGCACUUGGCUCGAGCAGCCCCAGGCCACCAGGGUUUGGUGCCAUACUAAGCAUCUCUGACCUCGGAGAGAAGGAGCAGAGCGUGUCCACGGGGCAGAGAGCGAGUCCUGGGCCCUGCUGUGCCCAAGGUGACGAGCUGGGGGCCAUGGGAGCUGGGUGGAGCUUUAUCCAUUUUCUAUGACUGCAUCCUGGUGAGCAGCCCGACCAAUAAAGUUUCUUUUCUAAAA